GCGGGAGCGGCGGGAGGCUCCGCCUCCGCCCGAUCGGGAACAGCCUGAUAAAGGCAGGUGCGGGCGAGCAGCGGGACCCCAGCUCGAAGCAUCUGCUUGAGCGCGGAGCCCCUGACCCGUCCUUUGCCACCCCGCGCCAGGCGACGCCCGGAGCAGCCGGUGCGGACGGGACAGGACGGGACAGGAGGGGACCCUGCCGCCGCCGGCCGCGCGCGCCGCUGUCCCGCCGUUCCUGAGCCGUCGGGCGCGUCUCUGCGAAGGGACAAGGACCUCGCCCCCAAGGACCUCCGAAGAGGCGGGAUCUCUCCGGGAAGGGGAAGCAGGAUUUUGUUGUGUGGAUUGAAGAUGAGGCAGAUAUCUGGAGUGGCGCUCCUCCUGGGGCUGAUGGCUCUCCCAGCGGCGCUGGGACAGAGAAGCUCGGAAAGCCCUAAAAAUAGCAACGAAAGCUUUGCCAUCGUCUCUUUCAAAUGGGAUCACGUCAAGGAGCCGUAUGUCAUUGUACUCUGGAUACUUGUGGCCAGCUUGGCCAAAAUCGUUUUCCACUUGUCCCACAAAGUCACUCGGGUGGUUCCAGAAAGUGCUCUGCUGAUUGUCCUUGGUCUUUUCCUUGGUGGCAUUGUAUGGGCAGCAGAUCACCUUGCCUCCUUCUCCCUGACACCAACUGUAUUUUUCUUCUAUUUGCUGCCCCCCAUUGUUUUGGAUGCUGGAUAUUUUAUGCCAAAUAGAUUGUUCUUCGGAAAUCUUGGCUCCAUCCUUUUGUAUGCUGUCAUUGGGACAAUCUGGAAUGCUGCCACAACUGGUUUAUCUCUCUAUGGUGUCUAUCUGACCGGAAUAAUGGGUGAACUGCAAUCUGGGCUGCUGGACUUCCUCCUCUUUGGCAGCUUAAUUGCCGCUGUGGAUCCUGUGGCUGUUCUGGCAGUGUUUGAAGAAGUCCAUGUCAAUGAGGUUCUAUUCAUCAUUGUUUUUGGAGAAUCACUUCUGAAUGAUGCUGUAACUGUGGUGCUGUACAAUGUGUUUGACUCUUUUGUUGCGAUAGGUCCAACGAAUGUGACGGGGAUUGAAUGUCUCAAAGGCAUAGUGUCAUUCUUCGUGGUGAGCCUUGGUGGGACACUGGUUGGCAUUUUCUUUGCAUUCCUGCUCUCAUUGGUCAGUCGUUUCACCAAGCACGUGAGGAUCAUUGAACCUGGAUUUGUGUUUAUCAUUUCCUACCUGUCCUACCUCACAGCAGAGAUGCUUUCUCUUUCUGCCAUCUUAGCGAUAACCUUCUGUGGAAUUUGCUGUCAGAAAUAUGUUACAGCUAACAUAUCUGAACAGUCUUCUACAACUGUAAGAUAUACUAUGAAAAUGCUAGCCAGUGGAGCAGAAACUAUUAUCUUCAUGUUCCUGGGUAUUUCAGCUGUGGAUCCAGAUAUCUGGGAUUGGAAUACGGCUUUCAUUCUGUUGACUCUGCUCUUCAUCUCAGUAUAUAGAGUCAUUGGUGUCAUUAUACAAACGUGGAUUCUUAACCGCUACAGAACUGUCCAGCUGGAGAUAAUAGACCAGGUGGUGAUGUCCUACGGCGGACUACGAGGAGCAGUUGCUUUUGCUCUUGUUGCACUUCUGGAUGAGCAUAAAGUGAGAGAAAGAAAGCUGUUUGUCAGCACAACUAUCAUUGUUGUGUUUUUUACUGUUAUAUUCCAGGGACUGACUAUCAAACCUUUGGUACAGUGGCUGAAAGUGAAGAAAACUGAACACAGAGAACCAAAACUGAAUGAGAAACUUCAUGGCAGAGCCUUUGAUCACAUUCUUUCUGCUAUAGAAGAUAUUUCUGGACAAAUAGGGCAUCAUUAUCUGAGAGACAAGUGGUCCAAUUUUGAUAGGAAAUACCUCAGAAAAAUACUGAUGAGAAGGUCUGCUCAAAAAUCAAGGGACCAAAUCCUUAAUGUUUUCCAUGAGCUCAACUUGAAGGAUGCAAUUAGCUAUGUGGCUGAGGGAGAACGUAGAGGUUCGCUGGCAUUUAUACGUUCUCCAAGUACAGACAACAUGGUAAAUGUGGAUUUCAGCACUCCACUCCCAAGCACUGUGGAAAGCUCUGUCUCUUAUUUAUUGAGAGAAAAAGCUGGACCAGUUUGCCUUGACAUGCAAGCUUUAGAGCAGAGAAGGAAAAGCAUCCGGGACACAGAAGAUACACUUGCUCAUCACACCCUACAGCAGUACCUGUAUAAACCCAGGCAAGAGCACAAACACCUGUACAGCCGACAUGAGAUCAUGCACAGUGAAGAUGACAAACAAGACAAGGAGAUUUUCCAUAGGACAAUGAGGAAGCGCUUAGAAUCUUUCAAGAGUACCAAACUAGGAAUAAACCAUUCCAAGAAGCUCAAUAAAAUCCACAAACGAGACCGGGGCCAAAAAAGGAGAAAUGGCAGUGUCAUACCAAAUGGAAACAUUCCUUCAGAAAAUCCAGUACAAGAUUUUGCUUUGAAGGAAAAAGAUCUGGAGUUUUCUGAAUCAGAAGAAAAUAACGAUUAUGAGACAUUGCAUCUAGGCAAAGGAGUUGAUUUCUUGGCUAAUGUGACGAAACAAAAUUUCACAGAUUCUCCUGCUGGAAUUGAUAACCCAGUAUUUUCAGCUGAUGAUGACCAAAGCAUCUACAUGAAGUUCUCACCAUGGUUAUCUGGUGAAGACACUGUGGUACCCUCACAAAGGGCCCGAGUGCAGCUCCCAUAUUCUCCAGGCAACUUCAAACGGCUCACUCCAAUCCGGCUCAGCAAUAAAUCAACAGAUUCCUUCCUGCUAGCAGAUGGCCCAGAGGACCGACCCAGAUCUUUUCUUCCAGAAUCAACGCAUAUGUAA